AUGAAAUUCGCAGAGAAAUUAAAACACUUGAAAGUGAAAUCAUGGGAAGACAAAUAUGUCGAUUAUAAAUUUUUAAAAAAAAUUAUAAAAAGAAAAUGUAAUGCUGAAAUGAGUAGCCUAUAUGAUCGAAUUGAUAAGAAUGAUAUAGGAAUUUUGGAGGUUUGUAAUUUAGUUACAUCGGAUGAUGUUCACCAAGAUGGCAAAGAAAAAAAAAACAAAAAGAAUGAUCAUAAUCGUGAUCAUAAUCCUGAUCAUGGCGAUGAGGAUAUCGAACAUGGGAAUAUUGAUUAUACGUACUUUUUUUUUUAUGCGCUGGAGAAUAACAUAAAUAUGGUUAAGGAACAUUAUGAAAAGGAAUUUAAUUAUCUAGACACAAAAAUAAAUGAAAUAAAAUCAUUUCUACAUACUGAUAAUGUGAACUUAAAAGAUAUGGAAAUUCUCAAAACAAAAUGUUUACACAUAUACAACUUGUUUGACAUCCUGAAUAACUACCUCAAUAUUAAUGUCCUUUCCGUUUACAAAAUUUUAAAGAAAAAAAACAAAAAGGAAAAACUUUCCACUUCUCUAGAUUUGUAUCAGAAGUAUUGCAAUACCUUGCAUCAGAUCAGUAGAGAGGAGCACUUCAACGAAAAAAUUAAAUCCACAUACCUAUCCAUACAGAAGAAAAGAGGAGAUAACUGUGAAAAGCUGGAUUUCUUAAAUUUCAAAAUAUAUAUAAAAAGCAAGAUCGAAAAUAUAGGACAGUACAAAGGAAUACUCUACAUCCUAUAUGGAAUAUUGAUAAUUCUAAUUAUUAACACCAUCAUCCUGUUGUCUAUAAACAAAAACAACAUUAACAUGAACACCAUUUUGGCUAUUUUGCCCAUAUAUAGAUUACUCUACAUUUUAAAUUUUUUUUUCCUCUUUAUUUUCGGCUCUUUCUUGUUCAUGCAACUUUAUGGAGUGAAUUUCACGUACAUCCUAGACUUAAACAAAAUAAUUGUAGAUGAAUAUUACUACCUGAUAAACGUAGUAAUUUUUCUGCUCUUUCUGACGACUCUUUCUCUUCUGAUAUUUUUACUGGAUGUAUUAUUCAAGCUGAACAUAUUCUCCAACAUAAUUUUCCACGUUGUAAUUUUGUUUAUCCUUUUAUUUUCUACCACAAUAAUUCCUGUUAACUUUUACAAAUACAAGGAAAAUAAUUUUGUCUUUUCAUCUCUCCUGAGGGUUCUCUCCAGUGGAAUUUUCCUAGUUAAUAGCGUGAAUCUACUGGAUAACAUUAUUGGAGAUAUUCUAACGAGUCUCUCGAAGACAUUUUCAGACGUACAGUACUUUGUCUGUUUUUUGAUAAACGGAAUGAACACAAAUGAGCCGGCCAAAUGCCCAAUUAUGGAAGGAUACAUCAACCCGGUUUUUGUGGGACUCCCAUUUUACUUCCGAUUCUGUCAGUGUUUAAUUAGAUACAAUAACGAAAGAGAAAAAAUUCACAUAUAUAACAUGCUUAAGUACUUGUCUGGAAUAGCCAUAGUGAUAUGCACAUCCUUCAACUGGUCCUAUUUUGGCUUACAAGCAGAAACAAGUAAAUUGAUAUUAAUUUGUGCUUACAUUGUUGGAUCUACUUACAUGUACAUUUGGGACUUAUAUUGUGAUUGGGGACUUUUGAAGGAGUAUAAUUAUUUGUUGAGGAAAAAUAACAAUUUGAUGUAUCCCCCUCAUUAUUACUACUUUGCGGGAUUUUUAAAUCUGAUCUUUAGACUAACUUGGGCAAUCACCAUCAUGCCAGUGAACAUUUUUCAAAAUAAGGAAAUAAAUACCUUUCUAAUAACCUUCUUUUUGAUGUUUAUUGAGGUCUUGCGAAGAUCAAUAUGGAUUUGCUUUCGUCUAGAGAACGAGCAUGUGACGAACGCUUCAAGAUACAGAUCCAUCUUAUGGGUCCCAAAAAUGACAAAGAAGAAAAAAUUUUAA